AUGAAACUAUUAAUCAAUAAACUUAAAAUGUCAAAAUUAUUAGGACAAAAUAAUAUUAAAGAUAUAGAUGAAUUAAGUUCAUAUAUAAAUGAAUGUUUUGCAAAUAAUUCAAGAACAGCAGAUUAUUCAAAUAUUGAUACUGAGAAGGAGGGAAAGGAAGAAUCUGACGAUGAAGAAGUUGCUAUAUGCUCAAAUGAAAAAUCAAAAGAUUUCGAAUUUAUCUUAUUUGGUAUACAAAUUGGUUUACAAAAAAUAAAAAAAGAUUUACUUAAACCAUCAGCAUUGGUGUCUGAUGCUGCUGAUUCGAUCAAAAAUGGUUUUAAGAAUGUAUUUAAAUAUAAUCAUAAUCAAAUCGUGUGUUGGUCACACAUGAAAAGAAAUGUUCAAAAUCCGUUAAAUAUAGUUAACAAUUGGUCCAUUGAACGUGAUCCAUCAUCAAUAAAUGUAAAACCUUUUUCAGUUGAACUACCAAUAUGUUUAAAUUUAUGGACAUCAGCUUAUCAAUGGGCAAAAACAACAAAAGAUGUUAUAUGUCUCCAAAACGAUGUUUCUAAGCAAUAUUAUAUACCAGCUUGUAAUUUAGAAUUUAUAUCACAAGCUGAUUUAAAUAAAUAUAUAAACAAAAAAUGA